AUGAAGGGCCAUAAAGUCCUCAGUGUCGCUUCGGCGCUUUCAUUCUUUACCAUCGGCCUUUGCGCCAGUAACUCCACUACAACUACGUCUACUUCAUCAUCAGGUCUCCUGGCAGAUGGCAACGUAAACUUGGGGGCUGCCUCUGAUGCCUACGAGAAAGCUGUCACUUUCAUAUCUUCUUUGACAAAUGCCCAAAAGAUCGCCAUCAUCACCGGCCAGUCCAUCGACGAUGGCAACGUAACAUGGACUCCCUUGGCAUCAAAGGAUGGUGCCGUUGGCAUCAACAUGAACUUCUUUGUUUCAGGUUUCAGCACACCUCAGGCUGUGAGCAUGACCUGGAACCGUACACUGUUCCUUGAAAACUUUUCAGCACUUGGAAAGGAGUUCUACGCUUUAGGCGUAAGUUUGGCAGAUGGUCCUGUCUCUAGCCCAAUGGGACGUGUGGCUUAUGGUGGCCGUAAUGGCGAAGGAUUUGCUCCUGACCCAUACUUGAACGGUAUUGCCAUGGGUCAAGCUAUUGCUGGCAUAAACAGCGCUGGUGUUGUCACAGUUGGUAGACAUUUUCUCUUCAAUGAACAGGAGACAAAUCGAUCUUCUACCAACAGAUAUUCGAGCAACGUAGAUGAUAAGACAACUCGCGAAGUCUACCUCUGGCCCUUUGCCGACGCUGUCAAAUCCGGCAUGAUGGCUACUAUGUGUGCCAUGAACAAGGUUAACAACACUCUUUCAUGCGAAAACUCCGAACUCCUCAACAACUACUUGAAGACCGCCGUUGGCUUCCCAGGUAUGGUCACUCCUGAUCAAGGUGCUCAAUCAACCUCUUUCGGCUCCGCCAAUGGUGGUCUGGAUUAUGGAUCAUCCUCACUAUGGUCAGAGGAAAUUCUCGAAGCUGGUAUCGCCAAUGGGAGCUUUACGCAAGAGAGGCUAGAUGAUAUGGCUGUUCGCAAUGUCAUUGGUUACUACUUCGCUGGUCUUGACGACGGCCUUCUGCCUUCGGAAGCGGGUUACACUGACGACCGUGAUGUCCGUGAAGAUCACGCGGAUGUCAUACGACAGGUUGGUGGCGAGGCACUUGUACUUGUCAAGAACACGCAAGAUGGUACAGGUCGAGGUUUACCUUUGAGUAAGCCUCGCACUAUCUCUCUCUUUGGAGCUCAUGCUGGUCCUGCUAUGGCUGGUCCCAACCGAGCCUUCAGUGUUCAAGGAACGCCUGCCGAUACCUACCAAGGUCACCUCGCCGGUCCUGGUGGCUCUGGUCAGCCAUCGCUCUCCUAUCUCGUCACUCCAUUCCAGGCUAUCAGCGCCCGUGCCAUUGCCGAUCGAUCGAUGAUCUGGUGGGUCCUCAACAACACAUACACAGAUUCUUCUAGCUCGUCUAGGGGUAUGGGCGGUGGUAUGGGUGGUGGUAUGGGUGGUGGCUUUACUGGAGGUGGUAUGCCGACUACGAAUACCAACAGCACCAGUAUGACAGCUCCAGCCGGCACUUCCGGAAACAGUAGCUCCAGCUCCGGUUCCACAAACUCUGUCAAUCUUGGUAGUUUGGGCUCAGGCACAGCAUUAUCCCCUUCAAUCUCGAACUAUGCUCUAAACUCCGCUGCCUGCCUCGUUUUCAUCAAUGCCGACUCUGGAGAGGGUGCUGACCGUGGCGAGCUCUCCAAUGAUGAGCAGGAUACUAUGGUCACUACCGUUGCCGACAACUGUAACAACACUAUUGUGGUUGUGAAUACUGUUGGUCCACGUAUCCUAGAUGCUUGGAUCGAGCACGAGAACGUCACUGCCGUUCUUUACAGUGGUCUUUUGGGUCAAGAGUCUGGAAAUGCGAUUGCCGAUGUCCUGUACGGUGAUGUAAACCCUAGUGCGAAGCUCGGAUACACUCUUCCCAAGAAUGCCACCGAUUACCCCUCCGAGUUCAAUGUUUGCGAGGAAGAUCAAUGCGACUACAGUGAGGGAGUGUAUCUCGAUUACCGCUACUUUGACUCUAAGAAUAUUACUGUUCGUUACCCAUUCGGAUACGGUCUCUCCUAUACCAACUUCACUUACAGCACCGUGGUUACUGCUACCAUUGUCAAUCAAACUGCCCUCACAUACAAGUACGCUUCAGGACCAAUCGGUCUUGGUGGUGAAGCCGAUCUUUGGGAUGAUGUUCUCAACGUUACUACCAGUGUCUCAAACAGUGGUGCUGUAGCUGGCGCUGAGGUUGCCCAACUCUACAUUAGCUUCCCUGAUGAGGCUGAACAGCCAGUUCGCAUUCUUCGGGGCUUUGAGAAGGUCAAUAUUGCCCCAGGAGAGUCAGCAGAUAUUUCUUUCAGCCUUCGCCGACGUGAUAUUAGUUACUGGGAUACCGCAGCUCAGGCCUGGGCCGUUGCUUCCGGCGACUACACUAUCUCUGUUGGUGCCAGCUCGAGAGAUUUGAAGGCUAGCACUACAUUGACCCUUACAAUUGGCUCCACUAGUACUUAG